CUUCUGCGCCUGCGCCAGGAGCGGCAGCAGCGUCAGCAGCGGCAGAAGAAGGUUAUACAACAAUAUUUUCAUUUCGAGUCUUUCUCGUCAGCGGUUGUCUUCAGUCCGACACAGCCAUGAACCCCGACAUUACGAAGGAGCGGAAUAACGCCACUUUUGACGUCGAGAAACUGACCCACAUUUUGGACGGUGCCCCAGAAAUCACCAAGAGAAGACGAGAAAUUGAGUCACUGGUUCUCAGCGACCCAGACUUUAAGGAGGAGGACCCAAACUUCCUGUCACGCAGUGAGCGCUAUGACCAGGCUGUUCGGAAAAGUGCACAAAUGAUCCUGAAGCUCAGAGAGUAUGGCAUUGCAGACCCAGAGGAGAUCUACUGCUAUAAGAACUGUGUGCACCCUGUCAGGCCAGAGCCCUUGGAUCUCCAUCUGGGGAUGUUCCUGCCCACAUUGCUCAACCAGGCCACCCCAGAGCAAAUGGACCGUUUCUUCAUGCCCGCCUGGAACCUAGAGAUCAUCGGCACCUACGCUCAGACUGAGAUGGGCCACGGCACGCACCUAAGAGGGUUGGAAACCACCUCCACAUAUGAUCCAGCCACACAGGAGUUUGUCUUGAACAGUCCCACAGUCAGCUCCAUCAAGUGGUGGCCCGGAGGACUGGGAAAGACCUCAAACCAUGCCAUAGUCCUCGCCCAGCUUUACUCUCAGGGAAAUUGUCGUGGACUGCAUGCUUUCAUUGUACCCAUCCGCGAUAUGAGCACUCACGUACCCCUGCCAGGUAUUGUGGUCGGAGAUAUCGGCCCCAAGUUUGGCUUCAGUGAAGUUGACAAUGGCUUCCUAAGGCUAGAGAACGUACGAAUCCCACGGGAGAACAUGCUGAUGAAAUAUGCCAAGGUGGAGCCAGACGGAACCUAUGUGAAGCCACCAAGUGCCAAACUGACCUAUGGCACCAUGGUGUUCAUUCGCUCCAUGAUUGUGGGCAAGUCAGCUGAGGCCGUCGCCAAGUCAUGCACGAUCGCCAUCCGCUACAGUGUCGUUCGACACCAGUCUGAACUCCGACCAGGAGAGCCAGAGCCCCAGAUCCUCGACUACCAGGCGCAGCAGUACAAGCUGUUCCCUCUGCUGGCUAUGGCUUAUGCCUUCACUUUUGUGGGCCAGUAUAUGAAGGAGACCUACCAGCGCAUCAGCGGAGACAUCAGCCAGGGAGACUUCAGUGAAAUGCCUGAGCUCCAUGCCCUGUCCGCGGGUCUGAAGGCCUUCACCACGUGGGCAGCCAACUCUGCUAUUGAGGUGUGCCGCAUGUCAUGCGGUGGCCAUGGCUACUCUUGCAGCAGUGGCUUGCCUGACAUUUACGUCGAGUUCACGCCUACUUGCACCUAUGAGGGAGAGAACACCGUCAUGAUGCUGCAGACUGCAAGAUACCUGGUGAAGAGCUACCGGCAGGCUAAGGAUGGCCAGCAGCUGAGCGGCAUCGUGUCAUACCUGAGUGAAGCAGAGCAUCGGAGGGUGCAGCCCCAGCCCGUCGCCGCCAGACCCACCGUAGUGGACAUAAAUGACCUGUCUAGUCUGGUGGAGGUCUACAAAUUACGAGCUGCCAUCCUAGUAGAGCUGGCAAACAAGAGCAUCCAGCAGGAGUUGCAGCAAAGGAAGAGCCAGGAGGACGCCUGGAACAACAGUGCUAUCGACCUGGUCAGAGCCUCAGAUGCCCACUGUCACUAUGUUGUAGUGAAGCUCUUCACUGACAAGCUUGGAAAGACCAGUGACACAGCGAUACACUCGGUGCUGUCAACCCUGGCGCUGCUCUACGCCCUGAAUGGCAUCAAACAAAACUCUGGAGAUUUCCUACAGGCUGGACUGCUCAGUGGGCCCCAGGUACUGCAGAUCUCUGUUCGAAUUAAGGAGCUGCUGUCUCUGCUGAGGCCCAACGCCGUGGCGCUUGUAGAUGCCUUUGACUUCCAGGACAAGAGGUUGAAUUCAGUCCUGGGAAGAUAUGACGGAAAUGUCUAUGAGAACUUGUUUGAAUGGGCUCGCUGCUCACCCCUGAACUCCACCGAGGUCCAUGAAUCCUUCCACAAGUAUCUGAAGCCUCUGCGGUCCAAACUGUGAGCUGACCCUUUCACCCUGAUUCCUGGCUCCAACCUUUCAACUCUGCGUUAAUAGGCACAACCGUAAUCAUACUAACCCAUCAUAUAUCAGCCCCAUGAUGGUUUUCAGUUGUCGUCAGCUUGUUUUUGCCAGGCCAUCCUGAGGGAAUCUAGACUUACCUUCUCCACUCUACUUCUCUUUGUGGUGAAUUAUCCUCUUUAGAGGCCAAUGUAGACAGCAGGCUUGGCCUCUCGGGUGAUGGAGGAUGAUGGGGUAAAUCACAGUGGAUGAUAAAAAGCUUGUAAAGCUUAUGACGGACAACCUUAGAUUGUUUUCUAAUUCAUCUAAUGAAGUCAAUAUUUUGAGUCAGAAAUGGUAGCUUUGAAAAUACUGAAAAAUAAUCAAGAAUUUACUGUUUUAGAUUUCCAUGUUUUCUGUAGAGAAUUUUUAAUUGUAAAGUGUCUUUUUUUCCACAUCGACAGAUAGUCUAUAUGAAUUGUGUCUUUUUUUGUAAGACCAGAAUGUUAUUAUGAAUCACAUAAUUUUAGAGGAAACAUUCUAACAGCAAAAUCAGUUUUGAUUGUUUUCUCUGACUUCAUGGACCAACAUGCUAUAUGAAGAGGCGCUAAUUGUUUCAUUCAUUUCUCCGUGACUUUUAUCAAUCGCUGUAAGCAUCCACGAGGAAUUGGUUCGAAUUUUCUUCUUCUCAAGUCUGCUGCAACCCCCGACCUCUCUGUCAUAAUUACACCAUAAUUAAUUGGUACAAACUCAAGAUAAACAGUUCAGAGCAGAUGUUCAACAGAAACAUCAACUAAUAUCUUGGUAAAAUACUGAGAUUAAUCCAUUUUAAAGUUUACAGUCCAUAAAAUCUCUCUCUCUCUAUAUAUAUAUAUAUAUCACUUAUCAUGAGUGUUGCUGAAUAUUAACUGCGUCAUACUUGACCGAUCGACAGAUUCUGGUCUGAGUCACCACGUGCUUCUGAAUGUGUUUGUGUGACAAAGAUUUUGUGGCAAGGUGAAAUGUAUCGAGUGUGUGAAAAGCAUUUGUUAGGACAUGAAGUAUGAAUUUCUGACGGUUAUUGAGUGUUUUAAUGAGGCCACGCACGCACUUUUUCCAUGCAUUAGUGCCGUGUGGGGUCGAUAUAAAGAAGGGUCACACCCCAGCCGACAUCUGGAUGACGAUCACAUUUCAAACUUUAAACUUUCAUUAAUCUGUUAAUAACUCUGCAUUGUUCAAAUCUAAAUUGCUGAAUUAUUCAUGUUCAAAUAUGAUUGAAAUAUGUUGAAACUGGAUGACUCUUUCGCCUCCCUAGUAUCAGGAUCAGUGGAUUUGUGCUCUUGGUUCAUGUCAACCUACAGGAGUUUAUUUUGCUCUGUGAGCAAAUCUAAACGUUAGAUGCUGAGGCUGGUGACUAUAAGUAGCAAUUUGUGACAGUACACACAUGAAAAUGGGGAGCUUUAAUCUCAAGCCUUAAUAGGAACUGUAAAAAUGAUUUGUGGUAUAAUAUAAUGUGCCUGAGGAAUUUUGUCUUUCCGUUAUCCAACUUGACAAAGUUCUUGCAAAGUCCAUAGCAUUUCAUUUCUGUAUUUACACUGACUUUAAAUCGUUUAAUUUCUGCUGCAGAGGCAUAAUUAUUAAUAUGUAUUGACUAAGCUGUUUGUUAAUCAUAUUUGUGUGAUCAUUUGUUUAAUAACAACGGCAACAACUUUGCACAGUGGUAUUUUGAUGGUUGGAAAGUAAUUUGAUCUGUAAGUUAUAUUAAUAAAAAUGUAAUAAUCA